AGAAUGUUUGUCAAAAUGGUUUUAAAGAUCGGUGUGCCAGGUCGAGUGAGACUGUUGCAGUGAGCUGACUGUGGAAAGAGUUUUAACCAGUUACACAGACUGAGAAAAGACUUGCGCCAUCACCUUUGCAGAGACUGCGUCUAUGUGUUCAGUCUGUGAAUGUGGCUUAAACUGAUGUUCAAAAAUGGAAAGGCACAUGGACACCCACAGUAUGGUGAAACCAUGGAAAUGCGAGGACUGUGGGAAGGGUUUCCAGAUACCAUCUGCAUUGGAAGCACAUCAACGAAGUCAUACUGGAGUAAGGCCAUUUAUCUGCUGCAUCUGUGGAAAGGGCUUCACUCAGUUGUGCAGUCUCCUUUCACACCAGCGAGUUCAUUCCGGGGAGAAGCCAUUCACCUGCUCUGCGUGUGAUAAAGGAUUUGCCAACUCAUCUGAUAUGCUGCGACACCAGCAGGUUCACACCGGGGAGAGGCCGUUCACCUGCUCUGAGUGUGGGAAAAGAUUCACUCAGUUAUGGGGGCUGCAGACACACCAGCGGGUUCACACCGGGGAGAGGCCGUUCACCUGCUCCGUGUGCAGAAACAAAUUCACUCAGUUAUCGAGCUUGCAGAAACACCAGAGGGUUCACACCGGGGAGAGGCCAUUCACCUGCUCGGUGUGUGGGAAGGGAUUCACUCAGUCGUCCAACCUGCUGACCCACCAGCGCGUUCACACUGGGGAGAAGCCAUUCACCUGCUGCGAGUGUGGGAAGGGAUUCAGUCAUUCUUCUACCCUGCUGAGACACCAGCGCGUUCACACUAGGGAGAAGCUGUCCACUUGUUCUGAGUGCGGGAAGGGAUUCAGUGAUUCCUCCGCGCUGCUGAAACAUUGCCGUGGUCACACUGGGGAGAGGCCGUUCACCUGCUCUGUAUGUGGGAAAGGGUUCAUUCAGUCAUCUAGCCUGCUGUCACACCAGCGAGUUCACACCAGGGAGAGGCCAUUCACUUGCUCUGAGUGUGGGAAGGGAUUCACUCAGUCGUCCCACCUGCUGAGACACCAGCGGGCUCACAAGUGAUCGCAGUGAUUGAUGUUCUGCUGCUUUUGCUGCUUUGAAUCACAUCCGGGACCAAAUUGUGUUCAUUCUGAUAGAGGGAGGGUCAGACAGUUAUUUUCUGCUGGGCUGGCUGCUCUCACCCACUUUGCUUCCAGUGGGACUGAUGCUGUUUGAGCUUGGGACUGCACAUUCCUACCAAAAUGAUCCACAGAAGCUGAGGAAGUAGAUUUAUUGCUGAGAAAAGGGAGACCUCUUGUUGAAGCGUUUCAUCUCCUGCUCAUCAGGACACACACACAAGAAAACCAAGUCUCAAAGGGUGUUAAUCUGGUAAAAUUCUCUGAACAACCUCAAACGAUGAGUCAGAAUACAGAAGGGAGAUAGAGGGUUUAGUGGCGUGGUGCAAAUGCAAACAACCUCUCUUUCACCGUCGGCAAAACUGAAGAACCGAUCAUUGACUUCAGAAAGAAAGGAGGAGAACACGCCCCUCAUCUGCAUCAACGGAACUGAGUUUCAGGGGAUGGGAGAGCGUCAAGUUCUUCAGAGUGAAAUAACUGACAACCUGCCUUGGACUUCCCACGUAGAUGUGACAGUUAAGAAGGCACAACAAUGCCUCUUCAUCCUCAAGCGGCCCAGGAAAUUUGGCAUGUCCUUAAAGUCACUCACCAACCUUUUACAGAUGCGCCAUUGGAAGCAUACUGUCCGCAUCCAUAAUGGCCUGGUACGGCAACUGCUCUGCUCG